CACUUGCAAACUUAACCUAAGUGCAUGUAUUUUCCUUGGUAGAUUAGACGACGGAGCAUGCAUCAAUAUGCCAAUGACACUACCAAUCAAAAGCAGCUAUCAUGAUCAGGAUGCUCAGACUCUACUGGAAUAUCUACCUCACCUACAAUCGCAGCUUUUCAUGCAAGAGGAAGAUGUGGCAUUCCUCAGGAGAUUUCUUCGACGGAAGGAAGUGCAAGCAACCAUGAAGUCCUAUAAAAGUAUAUCGAUUCUAAGCUAUCGAAAACUGCGUCCUGUGUCUCUGGCAGCCGUUGCUCUGGCCGCCAAUAUUUUCUGUGAUAUUCGAAGAUGCAAAGAAAAUUCUCAAUUAUCUGAAGAGCUGCUGGAUAUUUUGUCCAAACCAAAUGUACAGGCUCUUCUGUACACCCAUGACGUAGUUGCCAAACGCGACUUUGAAACCGGAAGUUGCAACUCAAAGCCGCUAAGGCAUAGCGAGGACAAUAACGUCAAGGUCGUUCAGUUGGUAAAAAAAGACGAACCGCUGGGAGUGACAAUACAAGAAAACGAAGAUACAGGAAUCAUAGAAAUUGCCCGGAUAUUGCAUGGUGGUGCUGCCUUUAGGAGUGGUCUUAUUCACGUUGGAGACGAGAUUCACGAAAUUAAUGGUAUCAAGUUCACAGGUCGCAAUCCAGACGACAUGGCCAACUUGUUGACACGAAUAACGGGCCCAGUUACACUCAAAUUAGUACAACGACAGCAAGAACCAGUCCCAACACGGGCAAGUAAUACACGAGUCAAAGCCUUGUUUUCCUACGAUCCAAAAGAUGACACAUUGAUACCUUGUCCAAAUGCCGGACUGUCCUUCAGUAGGGGGGACAUUCUGCACAUCGUAUCUCAGGAAGACCCCUUGUGGUGGCAAGCUAGACCGGAAAAGGAAGCAGAGGGAAUGACGGGUAUUAUACCCUCUCAACUUUUACAAGAAAGGCGAGAACUCUUGCAAGACCUCAUGACCAAGAGAGACGUGAAAUGCAGAAGGGCACGGUCUGCUAGUCCGUGUAAAGCCAGUCCCCGUGUCCCAAGGUCAAAACGUGUGAAGAAGGUCAUGUACCAAGCAGUUCAGAAUGGCGAAUUUGAAAUGGGUGAUAUUCCUACAUAUGAAGAGGUGGAGCUGCUGAAUCCCGACCCCGAGCACUGUCGGCCUUUGAUUCUGGCAGGUGUUUCCAAUGUUGGAAGAAACGAAUUAAAACAGCGACUAAUGGGAAGUAAUCCUGCUCACUACGUGGAUGUUGUGCCAUAUACUUCUAGACCUCCCAAAUCCUACGAAGUCCAGGGCCGCGAAUAUCACUUUGUGACAAGGCGGGAAAUCGAAAGUGCCAUAUUAGCAAGAAGGUUUGUAGAGCAUGGAGAGUAUAAAGGCCAUCUAUACGGUACCAGAAGAGACUCCAUAUUAUCUAUCGCUAAGUCCGGACGGGUUCCCAUCUUAACACCCAGUGCCAAAGCCUUACGGUAUUUAAGAAUAUCUGACAUCAAACCUUUCAUCAUCUACAUUAAACCACCUCCUUUUCCCUGUUUUCGAGAAACACGGCUCAAAUACAACGCCAUAUUUACUGGUGAAGAUGGCAGCGCCACCUCGUGUUCCGAUGCUAUCAUAUCAUCAGUAAUUGCCAAAAGUGCCAAAUUAGAGGAAAUAUAUGGACAUCUUUUCGAUUUUACAAUUGUGAACGACGACAUAUCACGAGCAGCACAAGAACUUAUCAAAGUGGCGGACAAGGUGCAGAAGGAUCGCCAGUGGGUACCGGCGGCGUGGGUGGAGUAGGGAAUACGUGAUUCCGGAAUGACAGGGAAUACUGUCAGUGAUUGUAAAAUGUCUGUUACGGAUGAUAAAGACCAUCUUAAUAAAUGUUAAUAUUUCUG